CGCGACUUCAGUGUUCAUAAAAUUUCUAUAUCAUUAGUUAUUGAUAACAAAAUGUUUUGUGGUGUUUGUCUUACGUACUUUACCGAUCAAUGAAUUUUAAAUAUCCGGUAUAAUGGCUAUAUUCGAAAAAACCUCGCAUACCAAAGCCCUAAUAGAUGACACAGAAAAACUUAGCUGCACAGUAGAAAAUGCACAAAACAUUAACAAACACACAGAAUAUGUGUUGCGUGUGCAGCGAGGGCCUGCCAAAGAUGUCAAGUGGAAUGUGUCUCGCAGAUACCGCGACUUCGCGGCCCUGCAUGCAGGGCUACUGCAGGCCAACAUCGACCUGCCUCUACCGCCAAAGAAACUUAUUGGAAACAUGCAGCCAGCAUUUAUUGCUGAAAGACAAAUAGCUUUACAGAAUUAUAUCAAUGAAGUAUUGAAACAUGAGGUGUUAGCUUUAUCUUUACAAGUGAGAAGUUUUCUCGACCCCGCCAACUACUCUUUGGAUAUAGCUGAACAAGCUCUGCAAACAGUGUCGAUUGCGCUGCGAGGUGACGGUCGAUAUGAACUGAAAGGCCCGCUGUCGGAUAUCGGCUGGCGGAUACGGAAACAUUAUUUUUUAGUGACGGAUACGGAGAGUCGAACAAAUUGCCUGCUGUCAUGGCAGAGCUAUGGUGCUGACAGGUAUCUCAGUGAUAAGGACUUGCAAACCGCCUUCAAGAGCUUGCAAAGUCUUUCUCACCCCUACAUAGACCAAGUAUUAGCUAUACAUAAUUUAGAAACGGGAGCGUUCGUAGUAAGGAGGAUACAUGAGACGGGCAGCUUGAGAGACAUUCUCUAUGGCACGGAGUAUAACAAGAAUCAUUUAGCGAAGUAUGGCAACCCUAGGAUAAGGAAACCCUUCACGAUAGGACAGAUCUCGCAUUAUGGAUAUCAGAUAUUGCAGGCGUUGAAGUUUUUACAUGAGAAAGGCAUACCUCAUGGCCACAUCCACCCCGGCAACAUAGCCAUAGACAACCAGCGGGCUCUCCUCAUGGACAUAGAGAACAUACUAGUGGGCGUGCCCUCCCUGCACAGGCCGCACCUCUUACAGUUGCGUCGCACGGCGUCGGCCGAGGCAGUCGAUGUCUAUUGCUUUGGUAGAACACUGUAUGAAAUGGCCUUCGGAUGCCCAAUGACGGAGUAUUACUGUGAUUAUUAUUAUCAAGAAGGGCUGAACUCUUUGAAUGAGGAUUUGGAAUCAGUGCUCCGGCUAUGCCUAUCAAGUUCAUCAUGUAAGCACGGCGGUCCGUCACUCGAGCAGCUACUGUCACACCCGCUGUUUGCGCGGGCGCCGCUCAACGGCCUGACGUUAGGUGCACAGAACGACGCACGAGUGCAUCUGAAGUUCCCGCUCACGCUGAAGGAUGAAUUGAAAGCUGCCGUCGCUAGUACAGAGGCUAGGUUGAAGACUGAACAGAAAUUGAUGAGAAGCGCGAAAAGGGAGGUACGGAUCCAAGAGAUAUUGGGUUCCGAAGAGGAAAUAAAGAAACAAAAGCGAAGAGCGAAAAAGCGCGAGAGUCUAUGGAAGUCGACGUCGUCUCUGGCGGAGACGGUGCGGUCGCAGAGUGCCAGCACUGCCUCAUCGCCCACUCCACCUGCUCUAAGUCACGACCCCCCCGGCACGAGCCCGAGUUCCUCCGGCGCGUCACCAUGCGACGCUCGCUCGUCACUGCUGGCAGCCAUCUGCGCCUUCGACAAGACGCGCCUCGUCAGCGUCGACGCCGACCGGUGAGCGGCCCGCUAUGUAGCUGUGGCAUAUGCGACCUAACUUGUGUAUGGGCCUGUCAAGUGUGUGGGGAACCGGUAGUAAAGAGUUUGUCACUGUCAAAAUAUUAUGAAUAUUGUUAGCCAUUCGAAAUGCAGUUGAUAUGAAGGCAUAGUUAAUAAGGGUGUGUCUACACAGAGCAUGUAGCUGGAGCCAGUAAACAUGCGUAAGUGACAAGAGAACGCGGGUGGGUAUUAUGCUUUGGUACAUGCGCGAGUCGCUGGACUCGCACGUUUUUAAAAUGCAUGUUGCCUGCUCAUGUGCCUCAAUAUUCGCAAGCUACUUGCACCGUGAAGAUGCACUCAGAUUUCAAUAGACAAUUUUAAUAAGAAUAAAGUCGAUAGUAGUUUGAUAGUGAAUGAUCUGCACUGCGUUUCUCCACACGUGUCUGUUGAUAGAUGCACUAAUUCUAAGGUACGUAUCAGGAACAGUAUUUAAGUGGAGGGACCAUGUGGUAGCUAGGACUCAAAAAUUUCAACCUAAUCCAACGAGGCCAUUUUAAUCCCAUCAAUAUAAUUCAGCUGUGAUGUAAAUCGUAAACAAAUCACGUAUGCCAUAGCUAUCUAGGAUAACUGUUAUGUAGUUGGGGCUCUCUUUUUAAAAUUGUUAAUGUUAACGGUCGUUCCCGAUAUUCCAUCGAUCUGUUAUUUUGCCCACUAGAGAUAGGAAUUUGACAUUACUUAUAUGAGACUUUUGUCAAAGUUCUAUCUCUAGUAAGCAAAACAACAGAUAGAUAAGAUAUUGGAAAUGGCCGUCACUUACAAGUGGCAAGGAACUGCGGCGAAAUUCAAAUAAGCGUUAAUUAUAUUGGUAUUACUUACCAAAACUAUGAAGGCGUUUCAUAAAAACAGUUAAAAAAUUGAGCGUCCGUUGUUAUCAAAAGUUUCGAGUACGUUUUGUAAUAAUCAGUAAUUUUCGGAAUCUAAAGUAAAGUUUAACUUACAUGCUUAGCGCCUUGCUGAAUGACUUGAGUGGUGUCUUAUAUUUCUGUACAGAGUUACACCUCUUUUUGUUAUAUUCCAUGAUUUUCAAGAGCAAAAUUUAAAUUGUGAGAUUAUUCAAAUAUCUGUAUUAAAAGCGAAGGCUUAUUACUUUCAUCUCGACCAAAAAUAUUAUUCUACUGAAACAUCAAAUUACUUAACAAUUGCAAUAUUGAUAACAGUUGAAAUUAUUACAAUCGUAAAAAAAAAUUGUCACAAGUAUUUAUAUUAAAAAAAAAGGAAUGGUGCAUUUAUGUAUUUUAAAUUCGACUUGUAGUUUGUUUUACAUUAACUACGAAUCCCAGUGAUAUUUAUUUAUAAACUUAAAACUCACACAAUACAGUGUAUUUGUAACUCGAAAAUGAAAGAAUGUAACCCUAGGAAGCGUUAUCAUGAUGAUAUUACGAGGCAAAUCUUUAACUUGUUUGGAUAUUUUCAUUAGUAUUUUAUGUCAUUUGUGGUGGUAAAUUUAAUCCACGUCUAUUUAUUGUAUCAAGAUUUCAGUAUUUAUCUUAUUAAGUGAUUAAUAUCUGGAAUGAUUAGGACAUACAUGGUAGAAAUGGCUAGGUUGGCGAAUCGGUUCCCUGUCGUGUAUUAUUUGGUGCUCGAAACGGUUAUGUGUAAGCAUAGUAUGUGGAUUGAAGCUAUCACCAAAUUUUAAGAGUUAAAUUAUUUAGUACAAUGUUAUAAUUCAUACAAAUUUCAAUGCAAUGUGUAAACCUAAUGUUAAGCUAUUUUGAUUUAUAUCGAACAAAUAUAUAAUAUCAGAAAACGUAAUUAUUGUAGUUUUAAGUUCAUCCAAGAUCUUAUAUGAUUAUAGGAAGUUAUUAAUUAAUAAUUUAUAUAAUUUUAAGUUUCAAAGUGAUAUGCGACUGGUCAGGCAUUAUGUUAUUGGUUUAUUAUGAAAUUAUUUUUGGAAUUAUCUAUGUAGAAGCUUUAAUGUUCUAGUGUAAGGUACAUAAAUUAUAAAAUGUUUAAUAUAUUUUGUUGUAAGUGUAAGAAAAUAUACAGUUGCGAUAAUAA